CCGGUCACACUGGACGGUGAAUUUUCAUUAUUAGUACGCCGCAGGUGUACCGAGCGUGUUUUUCGCGUUUGUUUUAAAGUUACGCAUUUUCAUUGUGAAAAGUGAAUAUUUGCGCGAAUUUUGUGUGCUAUAUUUAAGUGAGCAUGAUGAGUUUGCCAUGUGACACAAUUGACGCGGGCAGCGAUAGCCAAAUGUCCAGCAAUGAUUCAACUUCGUUUGAGGAUAAUCGUUUAAACUUUACCAGUGAAUCGGACUCUACAAAAUCAGAUGCUUCAUGUGCUCGAACUCGCGGCAGAUCGAAACGAAAGCGCACCAAGUCAAAGAUGCGUAGCAAUUCAAAGGAUAUGGCACUCGCUGGAUUCACUGGCAGCUAUCCAAAGAUGUUGAUCACAAACAGCAACGAAAGCAACUCGGAUGCCGAUGAUGAUCCGCAGCUGCCCGCUGAUCUAAAAGCCAUCUGUGCCACAGGCCUCAGCGUAUUCCCCAGAGAGGAACUGCAGUCGCAGCCGCCAUCAGAGUCCGAGUCGCCACAAACUUUGGGGCGGCAACGGCGAUGGCGGCGGCGGAAUUCGUCGUCGUCUUCUUCUUGCUCCGCUUCUAGUACGUCGUCGUCCAAUUUAGUCAAUAAAACGUUAGCGAACUCAACGAGCCCAGCAGCAGCAACGACGACGACGAUGUCGACAAUCGCAGCAGGAGCAGACACAACAGCAGCAACCACAACAACAAUUUCAAGUACAAAUACGUUAAAUUCGACUAUCGAAAGUCCUAAGUCAACCAACGACAACAACAGCGUCGAUAACAAGGACGAUCACAACGACAACAGUAGUUUGUCAAACGUUGUCGAUAGUCUAGCAUCAGAAGAGCAACAUCAAGAGCCACCAGCCACAUCAUUUGAACUGAAACCUCAACCAGAAAUACCAUCUCAUCCUCCAGAGCCUGAACCAGAGCCACAAUCUGAAUCUUCAGAACCACAAACUGAAUUACCUAACAAGAAGCGCAAGAAAUAUGCCAACGAUGCUGCUGGCGAAGUUUCUUUACUGCAUCCCCAGUUACCAACGCAGGAGGAAACAUCAAAUGGCUCUUUGACAAAUAACGAUAGCAGCUCGCGUAAACGAAGCUUCAACGGGCAAGUGAAUGAGAAUAUGCGCAUGCGCUCCAAGUCGAUGUACCACUCUAAUAACGACAUCGAUAUCGGGCUGCGUAAUGCACGCGCUCGCAGCGUUGGCCCCGUAAACGAGGAGAAUCUAGCUCCCCUCAAGAUUAAGGAUAACAGCCGCUCGACACCAACUGACGUUGCGAACGAUACUGGAAAUUCGAUCGUGCGUCGUCGUUCGAUUGCGGCCAACAAGCUGCCGUCUACUGAUAACUAUUAUAAGCUGCCCUUUAAAUACGGUUGGAAGCGUGAGCUGGUGAUGCGCAGCGGCAAUAGUUCGCAGUCGGCGUCUCGUCAGCGUGCCGAUGUCGUCUUCAUAUCACCAGCCGGCAAAAAGAUGCGAUCUCGCGAUGACAUUAUACCGCUGCUGAGCGGCGAACUGACCAUCGAUCAUUUCUGCUUCCAGCGCGCGCUGCAGAACGCUGGCGAGGAGUUUGAGACAAUGCGCACCGCCCAGCCGGCGGUGGAGCAUCGCAAAUCGAUGGCAGCUGCCAAGCAGUUGCGUGAGGAGCAGCAGCAGCAACUCAAGUCGCAGCCGAAGCAAUCGCAAUCUCAGUUCCAUCCGAAGACACCAGCAGUAGUCAAGGAAGUGCCACAGACCCCUCCAGCCGAGCUGGUGUCUGGCAAGCGUAUACCCAAGCCAAAGGCCCCCAAGGGCGCCAGUCCCCCACCACAGGGCUGGACCCCGACUAUGGCCGUCAAGGGCAAUGCGCGCGUUUUGGCUGCUAGCAACAGCAACGAUGGCGGUGGCACCGGCUCCCCAGGCAGCCACACUGCUCGCAAGCGCAGCAGCAAUCAACACACAAAGCCAAAGCAGUCAAAGGCUGCGGAAUCAAAGACACAAAUGUUCCAUCAGCAGGGUGGCGUAUUGCCGCCUAAGCAACUGGUGGAUAACACCAUGGUCUGUGCUGUUUGUAUGUCGAGCAUCAAGGAUAAAAAGCAGGCCUUUGCAAUGGGCGCAUCGAAUGGCAAGACCGACAAAUACGUUUGCACGAGUUGUAUUAGGCCCGGAUCGUCACUAGCUCAAGCCAACAAAAAGGAGAAGGAUAAGGAGAAAGAGAAGGGAAAGGAACCUAUCGAUGAGAAUGUUAAUGCCAGCAACUUAGGCACAAAUGAUUUAAGCUAUCAAAACUCAUUCAGCUACCAAGAAGCGCUAAUGGAGCUGAGUGGCAAUAGCAGCAGCAGCUUGGCUGAAAUUGCAGAGAUUACAACACCUUGCGCAUUGCCGCCGGAGCAGCUGUUCAACGAGUCGCCCAUGAAAGUCACACCGAAGCCACAGGAAAUUGUUGUCAUCAAUGGUCGCAAGGCUGUCGCUGUUUAUGGACCGCCUCAGCGUGCCCAGUUGCAAGUCAUUGCACGUGAAUCAAACUUGGUCAACUUGGAAAAGUUUUAUGGCACGCACUUUUCUAAUGGAAAAAAUAAUAUUGAAAGCAUUGUCCAAUCCGUGUCUUUAGGGAACAUUAACUGCCAGGUGCUGUUGGCUGUGAUGAAGACACUGGACUUCCAUGAUCGUGUGCGCAUGUCGAAAGUGUGCAAUACUUGGGCCAUGAUUGGUCGCGAUCGCAACGUUUGGCGCACAGUCAUGUUGCGCGACACUCAUGUGACCAACUGGACGCUCUGCUUGCGUGACAUGGUACGCUAUCGCACCCGUGAACUGGAUAUGAUGGGCGUCAAGAUGGACAACCCCAAAUUGCGCAUGGAGGGCGAUUUGCGUAGCUUGAAAUCAUUGCGUGUGCUUCGAACGGAUGCCACAGACGCCGAGUUUAUUCAGCUAAUACUGAGGCGUUUGUCGCGCCUCGUCGAGCUGCGCGCUACUUGCACCAGCCGCAGCCUGAACUUGUCCCACGUUGACAAAAUGUCGGAGCUGCGAGUGCUGCGCAUUCGCAUGACCGAGCCGAAGGCCAGCAUCGUUUCCCUGGCACCCAUGCAGUCAUUGACCAAAUUGCGUGAGCUAAGCUUGCGCGGCGUCAACAACAUGAGCCAACUGGACUUGCUCCAUCUAAAGGGAUUGCGGCAAUUGGAGACCCUUUUACUGGGCUCCUGUCGUGGCAUGAAAACGCGCACCUUUGGCGAAGAGGUGCUGCCUAACCUGAAGCGUCUGCGUCAUUUGCGUGUCGAGAAUAACGGAAAUCGUUCGUUUAUCAUCAACGAGAUUAUGGGUGGCCUGGCCGCUGGUGGCACUGUGCAGCGUUUGGAGUUGAUCAACGUUAAUGUGGAUAAAGACUUCAGUAGCCAGCUCACCAAUUGCAAAUCCGUUAAGGAGCUGCUCUUGAUGCCCAAUUUCAUUCAGAAUACCGCCUACAUGGUGCACUACAUCAUGCAGGCCAUUAAUGAUAACAGCGAGCAGCUGAUGGUUUUCCGAUUGGGUCUCAGCUUUGAGCUGCUCAGUGCGACACGCGCUUUGGCCAUGAAUCCGGAGAAAGACUGCAUCCCAGUGGUGCUACCGAUACCAGGCGUGCCACCGAACGACAAUUUGAAUAACUCGGCGGAGCCGAUCGCCUAUUUACCGGUCGAUCGCCUCGAAUCGAUACUGCACCACAUGAUGCCGCAAGCAUGGCUGACAGUAGCAAAGGUGCCGCAAAGCGAAAUAACAAACCUUAAGUUCCUGUCGGCCCCAGUUAACGUAAUCUAGUUAGUCUGUAAAAAACAGUAGUUUAGUAAUAAAAUUAAGAUUAGGAUCAUCAUUUUCGUGUGAGCGAGAAACGAACCAAUAGCGACCAUGCGUGAAUUGAUCGCGACUCCUCCCACCUACGGUUAUUCUUUGAGAGAAUAUAGACUGAAUGAAUCGUCUUUUAAUUUCGUUCGUAACAAACUUCUCAAGUUGCCACAUGCUUAACACCAUAACCAUAAAAUAUGCUACACACACCUGAAAAAAAAAACUACACAGCAAAUAUUUAGUUUUCUAAUUACAAAGUUCUGUAACACUUAUAUAUGUUAAUUAUAUUUAUAAAAUAUAAACAUAA